CGUGGUUAUAAUUGCGUCCAAACAAAGAUGGAUUUUCUCAAUGAUCUUCCUUGUAGAAAUCGUGCCAAUUUCUCUCAUUAUAGCCAAGACAGCUACAAGUACGUGGAGGCUAAGAAAUGGGUUUCAUUAAAAGACAGUGAUUCAGACACACUACCAGGCCAAAUCAUAGUAAUGGACAAGCUAAGUGUCCUUAGAUCUGAAAUGGAGAGAAAACAUGGUCUAACAAAGAAGCCAACAAAGAGACUAAGUAAUGGAUCAAGCAAUCACUCGACAUAUUCAAACAAAAGAUGGAGGAGAACAGAUUCAGAAGAAUCAUCAAACGAUGAGCCUAUAGACCAAACUAGCAAUUAAUGAAUGUAAUAUAAUUAUUAGCUGUGUUCUACUACAUGUGAAAUUAUUGUUAUUAUUAUUAUUAAUAUAAUUAUUAUGAUAGAAGUAAACAGUUAAAUCAG